CGGGCGCGUUCCUCUGGGCGGGCGGUUUGGGGCCUUACUCGGAGCGGCCGAGGGCGCGGGGCUCCGGGGUUCGGGGCUCGCCCCCCCCGCUCCGGGCAGGCGCGCCUAUGGCGUUUGUAAGGUGACGCUGCGCUCACCGACUUUCUCCGGGGGCGGAGGAAGCACCCAUGAACCCUUCGGCGACCUUCCUCGUCGGGCGCCAGAACAUCGGGUCAGAAGUUGAGAUUUCCACUAUCGAGAAACAACGGAAAGAGCUGCAGCUGCUUAUUGGAGAAUUAAAAGAUCGCGAUAAAGAGCUCAAUGAUAUGGUUGCAGUACAUCAGAGACAACUUCUUUCAUGGGAAGAGGAUCGGCAGAAAGUAUUGACUUUGGAAGAACGUUGCAGCAAAUUAGAGGGUGAACUACAUAAAAGAACUGAAAUAAUCAGGUCACUCACAAAGAAGGUAAAAACCCUUGAAUCUAAUCAGAUUGAAUGCCAAACGGUUCUUCAGAAGACUCAGCUACAGCUUCAGGAAAUGGCUCAGAAGGCAACCCAUUCCUCUCUUCUCUCUGAAGACCUUGAGGCUAGAAAUGAAAAUCUCAGCAACACAUUAGUGGAACUUUCUGCCCAGGUAGGACAAUUACAAGCUCGAGAACAGGCUCUCACUACAAUGAUAAAGCUAAAGGACAAAGAUAUUAUCGAGGCCGUCAAUCACAUUGCAGACUGCUCAGGAAAAUUUAAACUGUUAGAGCAUGCCUUGCGUGACGCGAAGAUGGUGGAGACUUGUAUUGUGAAAGAAAAGCAAGAUUACAAGCAGAAAUUGAAGACACUUAAAAUUGAAGUCAAUAAACUGAAAGAGGAUCUAAAUGAAAAGACAACAGAAAAUAAUGAACAACGAGAAGAGAUCAUUCGUCUCAAGCAAGAGAAAAGUUGCCUGCAUGAUGAAUUGGUUUUUACUGCAGAGAGAGAAAAAAGGAAAGAUGAGUUACUUGAUAUUGCAAAGUCAAAGCAAGAACGUACAAAUGCAGAACUGCAUAAUCUGAGACAGAUUUAUGUAAAACAACAGAGUGAUCUGCAGUUUCUUAAUUUUAAUGUGGAAAAUUCUCAGGAAUUAAUACAGAUAUAUGACUCAAAGAUGGAGGAAUCAAAGGUUCUGGAGUCCAGCAGAGACAUGUGUUUGUCAGACCUUGAGAAUCACCACCCAAAAGUCGGUAUUAAGAGGGAGAAAAAUCAGAAGUCGUUGGUUAAAGAUCCAAAAUUUGAGACCACGUUGAUUCAGCAAAAUCGGUCAGACAGGAGCCCUUGUGAUCUGUGCAAAGAGAAGAAACGACAGGGUAAUACUUCAUUUGGGGAAAAAGGUGUAGUUGCUGUCUCAUCUCUGUUUACAAAAGACGUACUGGAGAAGCAAAAGUCUUGGUCUCUGGGAGGAAAAAUGCAGAUCGAAUCAGAAAACAAAAGUACAUUGUGCAAGAUCCAUGCAAAGUCACCAAAAGGUAAUGGGAUCGGGAUUCAGAAUGAAGAGAAACAACUCUCUGAAACAUCCACCUCAUUAUCUGAUGAGAAACAGUGGCAUGAUGUCAAUGUGUACCUGGGCCUGGCCAGCUGUUCUGGUUCCAGACAACCAGAAAAGCUGGAUGUUGAAAGUCAGGAUGACAUAGAAAGGUCUGGAGUCUCCUGUUGCCAUAAAAAUGAAACCUGUCUUGGGGAGAGUGACAUGUAUGAAUCCAAGUGCUGCCACCCGAGUAACUUCAUCAUUGAAGCACCAGGCCACAUGUCUGACAUGGAGUGGAUGAGCAUUUUCAAGCCUUCUAAAGUGCAAAGAAUUGUUCGCCAUAAAUCUGUGUGUACUUGUUCAGAAGGUGCCGGUGGAAGGAAAUACAACUCCGCCACGAGUGAGCUAAUUGCCAUCCAGCAUUCCCACUGUUUGGGUUCUUCAAAAUCUGCCACAAGAGAGGAUGAGAAAUUAAUAGAGACAGAGCCCUCUUCUGAUACAAAGAAGUCACCUAAGAUUUUGUUAUUCAACAAAGAGGCACCAUUAUCCACUGACAAGGAUGACUUUUCGCCCACAAGCAAGCUUCAGCGUUUGCUGGCAGAGUCUCGCCAGAUGGUUACAGACCUGGAGCUGAGUACUCUGCUCCCCAUCAGCUCUGAGAAUCUCAGCAGCAAUGCCAGAAACAACUUAGAAGUCUCAGAAGAGUCAGCUCAGAAAACUGCCUUUCUUAGUAACUGAAGAAAACAAAAGUCAGCUUCACUGUUCAUUGUGGUCAUAGAAGCUGAUUUCUCAUCUUUGGAAGGCAGGAGGCAGACAUCAAUACCUAAUACUUAACCUUGAAAACAAAAAGGGGAUUGUAAUCCUUUGUAAGCAACAUUUAAUACCAAAGGGAAGCAGAAACUGAAAGUUAAUUUUUCAACGUCUAUAUUUUGUUUGUUUUCAAGCUGACCAUUUUCAUGUUGGAGAAAUUUUUUUUUAAUGUGUAAGAAAUUAGACCUUACUGUGUAUUAUCUGUAUACAAACUCGGAAUUAUGCUCAGAGAGAAAAGGACUUCUCUAUAAAGAUGCAGACUACAGUUAAA